AUUAUCGGACUAAAUACGGCUAAUUCUGGCUUGUAUCUUUUUUGUGAUAUUUUUAAGUAAUGCAUUAAUCUUCAAUGUCGAAACCACAGUUAAUAGAAGAUUUCUUCGGUGUGUAUCUACUUUAUAAUAUAAAUCCAAAAUUUAAGGGUCGCACUUACGUAGGCUACACCCGCGAUCCCAACAGGCGCAUAAUGCAACACAACAGAGGAACUUGGGCUGGAGGUGCUCACAAAACCAGUAAUCGAGGACCCUGGUUUGUAUGAACAUUUGUUUUCAGUGGAAUAUUUAUCAUGUAACUUUCAAAUAAGUUCUAUUAUCAUUAUUAUUAUUGUAAAUUGUUUUAGGAAAAUGGUUCUCAUAAUUCAUGGUUUCCCUAAUAAUAUUUCAGCACUUCGGGUAUUUUGAAUGGGCAUGGCAGAAUCCUACAAAAACUAUUAGAUUACAACAUUUAAACUUAAAGAAAAUUCCAAGAAAAGAAUCUGAGUACCAGUAUAAGCUUCGAAUCAUGUCUGAAAUGCUAAGAGUGGGACCAUGGUCUCGCCUUCCUUUAAUUAUAAGAUGGUUGGAACAAGAAUAUUUUGAAGAUAUACCUAUUGAGAGAAAACCACCAAACCACAUGAAAAUAUGUAAUGGUCCAGUGAAAACUCACAAUUUGAAGAAACUCACCAACGCUACCAUGCCUAUGCAUGUUAAAUGCAUGAUGUGUUCGAAUUUCAUUAUUGAUGCACAAGUAAAAUUAACAUGUUUGAAUCCCAGCUGCGAACUAGUAGCACAUAUAACAUGUUUAGCUGACAUCUUUUUGAAUCCUGGUGAAUUCAUCCCCAUAGAGGGCCAAUGUCCUUAUUGUGAUACAAUUUUAAAAUGGGGUGAUCUGAUAAGAAAAAUGAAUGGAUGUAAAAUGGAUGUCCAUGACAUUGAAAGUGAUAAUGAUGAGAGUGAUAAAGCAUGUGGUGAUAGUGAUGGGGAAGGUGCAUUCACUUGCUCACAGGAUAGAGGAUUUGUUGACAAUAAUUCUCACUGGUUUCAUUCAACAGAUAUUGACAAUGAAUCAUUAUGACAGAUAAAUAUAAUUUUAAUAUUUACUUAUAAGCAUUUUUAUUUAUUAUUUAAAGAACACUCAACAAUUUAGGCUUUUUUUACUAGGUUUCAAAGAUUUAAGCAUACAUAGGGACAGAAAAAGCAACUUUGUUAUAGAUACCAUGUUUUGAUUAAUGAUUCCAGAAUAAGUUAAUGGUUAGUUUUAAUUUAAAUUAAUUGACAAAGAAAAUUUGAAAUAAAGAAAAAUACAAAGAAGUUUGUAAAAAUAUAUUUACAGUAGUUACCCAAUAAAUAAAAUUAUUAUGACUACCAGGUACAUUUUCAGUAUAAAUAAUCAAUCAAACAAUAACACUAUACCUAGUUUAUAGAUCUACAUUGUCCUUUUAAUUGUUUUCUACUUAUGUCUACUUAUAAAUGGGCACCUACUUAAAAUAUAUAUAGGAUUCUUAAUUUAUCUAUAAACAAAUUUAUCAAAUAAUACAUUCAUAAUACAUACAAGCUUAUUUGGUUUUAUUUAUAUGAGUUUCAAAAUAGAUUAAUAGUCGUCAAAAAUACCAUCAUCAUCAUCAUCAUCAAAGUCAUCAUCGUCAGCUCCAGGGGGCACGAGGGCACCAUUCAACACUUCACUGAUCGGUUCUUCAAAACCCAGUACUUUCGCGAACCCAUACACCAGUCUCAUCACAACAAGUCUCGUAAAAUCCACUGGAGUAGUUUCUUUUCUUUGUAAUAAUAGCUGUUUCUCUGUCGGGUAAUCCUUUAUUUUCCUCCUUUUCAUUUCACAAGAAGAGAACACUAGCAACAAAGUGAUAAGGAAUAAAAAACUUUUUCGCGCCAUUUUUCUGGAUAAUUUUUUCUUUUUUUUUCAACGCAAAAGUAGCUGGUUACGUUCCGAUUGUUUUUAGCUAGCGACUUAACGCAUAGUGAAGUUCAC